AUGUCACUAAAAAUCACCAAAAUCUUCCUCAUAUUUCUACUUUUACGGAUAUCAACAACAUCAUCAAAUGCUCAAAUAAUUGAUAUAAAUGAGGAAAGAAUACCCGAACAAUUGAGAUAUAAUGAAGAAACAACGCUAGGUCCGAAUGAACACGAAGAAUUUGUUCCACUUUCGCCAGUUCGAAAAAUUCGAGAAGUUCCACGAACUUUGGAAGUUGAUGAAAAUGAAAUUGAUCCGGCCACUGCCACGUUGCCAAAUGAUGUUGAAGUCAAAAAUGAUUCGGUGAGCAUUUGUUUGGCUGAAAAUUUACUAUCUGAAAUUUUUGUGCCACGUGGAUUUCUGAAUUAAAAUUCAUGCGAACAUGUAUAGAAAAAUCCUGAAAUAUGAAGUUUUGGCACCUAGAAAUCCGCGUGGCAUUUUUUUUAAUUAAAAAUUUUGGGGAGCAAAAAAUCCUUUUUUUUUUGAAAUUCGAUUUUCAGCACAAAAAAUCCACGUGGAAUUUUUUUAAAUUGAAAAUUUUGGGGGUCAAAAAAAUCCUUUUUUUUUUUGGAAUCAAAAUUUCAGCGCAAAAAAUCCACGUGGAAUUUUUUUUUGAAAUUUUAUUUUCAGCGUAAAAAGGUGACACGUGGAAUUUUUUGAAAUUGAUAAUUUUGGGGUCGAAAAAUCCUUUUUUUUUGGAAUCAAAAUUUCAGCACAAAAAAUCCACGUGGCAAUUUUUUUAUGAAAUUUUAAAGGAACAUGGUUUUUUAAAGGAUUGCUCAUGUUUGAAAAAAUCAAGAUAAACUUUUUCGAAUCCCCAGAAGCUCAGAAAAACUAUUUUUUCAAAUUUUAAGUUUCAUAAUCAAUUUUUUUUAUCCAAGAAAUCCACGUGGAAUUUUUUCUAAUUGAAUAUUUUGGGGGCAAAAAAUCCUUUUUUUUUGGAAUCAAAGUUUCAGCACAAAAAAUCCACGUGGAAUUUUUUUUUGAAAUUUUAUUUUCAGCGUAAAAAGGUGACACGUGGAUUUUUUUUCAAAUUCAAUUUUUUUUAUCCAAGAAAUCCACGUGGAAUUUUUUGAAAUUGAAAUUUAAUUUUCAGCACAAAAAAUCCACGUGGCAUUUUUUUUUUGAAAUUCAAAAUUUCGGCGCAAAAAAUCCACGUUUCAAAAUCAAAUUUCAAAGGAGCAUGGUUAAAAGCUUGUUUUUUUCAAUUUCAAAAAAUUCAAAAAUAAAAUUUCAAAAUCAAUUUUUUGUCUUUCAGAUCGAUCACAUUUAUUACAUAAUGGAAACAAUGACAUCAGAUUCGUCAGCUCUCCUAAAAUACUGGGUAAAUAUCGAUAAACUGCUGGAAAAACCCGGAGUUUUGGGCAAUAAAAGUCAUCCGAUUUUGAGUCAAGGAUAUCGAAGAGCAGUCGGCUCAAAAAUCUCAUUCAAAUUCCCGUUUUACGGACAUCGAAUGUCGAAUUUGACGAUUGCUACAGGUGGAUUUAUUUAUGUUGGAGAUCAGACGCAUAAUUGGCUGGCGGCAACACAAUUUAUCGCACCACUUAUGGCCAAUUUUCAUACACAGAUGAAUGUGAGUUACUAGUUCAAAAAUUGAAGAAAACAUCUAAUUUUCACUGAAAAAUUGAGUUCCAAAGUUUUUUUUCCAAAAAAAAUUCACUGUUUCAACAAAUAUGGAAAUUUUUUAUAUUUUUAAUGAAAUUUUGAUCUGUUUUCAUAAUUCCAGUUUAUAAAAAUUUUGAACAAAUUGAAAAUUUUAUGGAUUCAAAAAAGCUAUGAACAUUUUAAUCGUUGUGAGACCCAUUGCUCUAAAAAUCCAUGUUCCUUUAAUUUUUACAAAAUUUCUGAAAAAUUUCACUGUUUCAAGAAAAAUGGAAAUUUUUAUACAUUUUUAAUGAAAUUUGAUUCUUCGUGGUUUCCGCUAAGAAAAUUUCUUAACAAAUUGAAAAUUUUAUUGGUUCAAAAAGCUAUGAAAAUUCAAAUCGUUGUGAGACCCAUCGCUCUAAAAAUCCAUGUUCCUUUAAUUUUUUAAAAUGUUAAAUAUUUCGAGUCAUUAUCGGAAUAACUCACUUAUUCACCAGAAAAAAUUAAUUUUUGAAACGUAAAUUUUUCGACCAAAAUUUUCCAAAAAAAAAAUAUUCCGAAAAAUUUCACUGUUUCAACAAUUAUGGAAAUUUUUUAUAUGUUUAAUGAAAUUUUGAUCUGUUUUCAUAAUUCCAGUUUAUAAAAAUUUUGAACAAAUUGAAAAUUUUAUGGAUUCAAAAAGAUAUGAACAUUUUAAUCGUUAUGAGACCCACCGCUCUAAAAAUCCAUGUUCCUUUAAUAUUUUUAAAAUUUCUGAAAAAUUUCACUGUUUCAAUAAAAAUGGAAAUUUUCAUACAUUUUUAAUCAAAUUUGAUUUUUCAUUGAAUAUGAGUUUUCAAAAUUUAAAUAAAAAUUGAAAAUUUUAUGGGAUCAGAAAGCUAUGAAAAUUUUAAUCGUUGUAAGACCCAUCGCUCUAAAAAUCCACGUUCCUUUAAUGUUCAAUAUAUCAAGUCGUUAUCGGAAUAACUCACUUAUUAACCGACUAAAAUUAAUUUUUGAAACGUACAUUUUUCGACCAAAAUUUUUCAAAAAAUUUCACUGUUUCAAGAAAAAUGGAAAUUUUUAUAUAUUUUUGCAAAUUUGAUUUUUCGCUUAUUUGGAAUAAAAUAUCUAUGUUUCUUGAAUUUUCUGAUAGAUUUUCGAACAAAAAACCCCCGAUAUUUUUCCAGGAUUCAAAUAUAAUCUACGCUGAUGAUGGCAAUAUGUUUGUUGUCGAAUGGAGAAAUGUUCAACUUCGAGAGGACACCAAAAACAGUGAGUUUUGCGAGUGUAAACCGCAAGCUUGCGCGAAGCGCCGCAUUCUUCCGCGAACGCGGCAGUUCGCGGAAGAUUGAGAUGUCUCUGAUAAUACAAAUUUUUCCAGACACUUUCUCAUUCCAAGCAAUUCUUCACAAAAAUGGUGAUAUCGUAUUUGCUUACAAGGAUAUUCCACUUCAAAUCGAGAAUAUCAGCGAUUCAAAUCAUCCUGUGAAACUAGGAAUAUCUGAUGCGUAUUUAUUCAAUCAUGAUGGAAUUAUGAAUAAUUUGGGAGGAUCUUCAGCUUCUGGAUCAUCUCAAAGUUCUUCUUCAUCUUCCUCAUCUUCAACACAACCAAAACGGGUUAUUUAUGAAUAUCAUCGAAUUGAGGUCACUUUUCCCAAAGUCAAAUCGAAUAGUGUUGUGAUUUUGAAAGCGCAGCCAAGUGAGUUUUGAAAAAUUUUUGCCGAAUUUUCACCAAAAACGGAAUUUUCAGACCUUAUUUCAAGCUUUGGGGCUAAAAAAUUUUGGAAUUUCAACUAUUUUCCAGAUUUUUUGUGAAAAAUUUUUGAAUUUCAGUUUUCUCAAACUUGAGUUCAAGCUUCCGGGACCAAAAAUUUUGAAAUUUCGUGUUUUCAAGGUUAAAAAUUACAAAUUCAACGAAUUUCUAGUGAAAAUUUUUGAAUUUCAGAAUUUCCUUAUGGAAAUUACUGAAUUUUGGCUUAAAAAUUUGAAAUUUGAAAGCUUUUCCAAGUCACAAAAAAAUCCCGAAAAUUUUACGUUUCACCAUUUUUCUAUUAGAAAAUUGAGAUUACGAAAUUCAGUACCACCUUUUCCAACAUUUCCAAUAAUAUUUUUUGAAAAUUUAAUUUUCAAUUUUCUUAAAGGUGGAGUCCGAGCAAAACAUAAGUUGUGCUAAUUUGAAAGAUCAUGUUCCAAUUAGUACAAUCCUCGAAGGAUUUUUUCUGGAAGCUUCUCAAACAUUGGUUAAAAAAUUACAAAGUUCGAAAAAACAGUGAAACACCGUGUAAAAUGGCUUGAAAGUCCAUAUCUCCAACCGUUUCGAGCUGUGUUUCUCUAAUGUUAGAGAAGCUUUCAGAAAAAAUCCUUCGAGGAUUGUACUAAUUGCAACAUGCUCUUUCAAAUUAGCACAACUUAUUUUUUGCUCGGACUCCACCUUUAAAGGAACACCAAAAGCUAAUUAUAAAAGUAACGAAUUUUUCAAACAAUAAUAUUGCCACGUGGAUUUUUGGUGCCAAAAUUUUUAAUUUUGAAAUUUUGAACCUAGGAUUUUCAUUCCUCAAAUUCUAUUUCAUAUUUUUCAAAAAACAUUUUUUUUUAAAUUUACUUUUCAAAUUUCUGAAUGAAAAUUGCUGAAUUUUACCUAGAAAACGGAAUUUUGACUCAAAAAUUUGAAAUUUUGAAGCUUUUCCAAGUCACAAAAAAUCCCGAAAAUUUUACGUUUCACCAUUUUUCUAUCUGAAAAUUGAGAUUACGAAAUUCAGUUUUAAAAAAUUUGCCAAUCUCAACGAAAAUUCACUGAAAAUCUCGAAAAACUGGUCAAAUUUCAUAAUUUCUCACAAAAAAUCUGGAAAAUUGCUCAUUUUUAGCCCUGGGACCAUUGAAACCUGAAAUUUUCUGAAAAAUUUGCAAUUUUUUCGAACAAAAAAAAACAAAUUGUAGAAGUAUCGAAUUUUUCAAACAGAAAAGUUGCCACGUGGAUUUUGAAAUUUUGAACUAAAACCUAAUUUCGGAAUUUUACCUAGAAAACUGAAUUUUGACUCAAAAAAAUCCCGAAAAUUUUACGUUUCACCAUUUUUCUAUCUGAAAAUUGAGAUUACGAAAUUCAGUUUUAAAAAAUUUGCCAAUCUCAACGAAAAUUCACUGAAAAUGAUUUUAAACUUCCGAAUUUCUCUGAAAUUUUCAGAUUUUCAGCUAAAAAAUGCUAGAAAUUUGAACGUUUUCCUAGAAUUUUACCUAGAAAACGGAAUUUUGACUCAAAAAUUUGAAAUUUUGAAGCUUUUCCAAGUCACAAAAAAAUCCCGAAAAUUUUACGUUUCACCAUUUUUCUAUUAGAAAAUUGAGAUUACGACAUUCAGUACCACCUUUUCCAACAUUUCCAAUAAUAUUUUUUGAAAAUUUAAUUUUCAAAUUUCUUAAUGAAAAUUACUGAAUUGUAGCUCAAAAAUUGGAAUUUGAAAGCUUUUCCAAGUCACAAAAAAAUCCUGAAAAUUUUACGUUUCACCAUUUUUCUAUUAGAAAAUUGAGAUUACGACAUUCAGUACCACCUUUUCCAACAUUUCCAAUAAUAUUUUUUGAAAAUUUAAUUUUCAAAUUUCUUAAUGAAAAUUACUGAAUUGUAGCUCAAAAAAUUGGAAUUUGAAAGCUUUUCCAAGUCACAAAAAAAUCCUGAAAAUUUUACGUUUCACCAUUUUUCUAUCUGAAAAUUGAGAUUACGAAAUUCAGUACCACCUUUUAUAACAAUUGCAAUAAUAUUUUUUGAAAAUUUAAUUUUCAAAUUUCUUAAUGAAAAUUACUGAAUUUUAGCUCAAAAAUUUGAAAUUUUGAAGUUUUUCGAACUCACAAAAAAAUCCUGAAAAUUUUACGUUUCACCAUUUUUCUAUUAGAAAAUUGAGAUUACGAAAUUCAGUCUCAAAAAUUUUUGCGCAUCUCAACGAAAAUUCACUGAAAAUGAUUUUAAGUUUCCGAAUUUCUCUGAAAUUUUCAGAUUUUCAGCUGAAAAAUGCUAGAAAUUUGAACGUUUUCCUAGAAUUUUACCUAGAAAACGAAAUUUUGACAAAAAAAAUUUCAUUUUUCUAUCUGAAAAUUGAGAUUACGAAAUUCAGUCACAAAAAUUUUUGCGCAUCUCAACGAAAAUUCACUGAAAAUCUCUGAAAAUCCGGUUAAAUUUCAUAAUUUCUCACGAAAAACCUGGAUAAUUGCUCAUUUUAACGCUGGGACCAUUAAAACCAUGAAAUUUUCUGAAAAAUUUGCAAUUUUUUUGAACAAAAAAAAACAAAUUGUAGAAGUAUCGAAUUUAUUUUUCAAACAGGAAAAUUGCCACGUGGAUUUUGAAAUUUUGAAUUAAAACCUAAUUAGUGAAUUUUACCUGAAUUUUGGCUCAAAAAUUUGAAAUUUUGAAGCUUUUCCAACUCACAAAAAAAAUCCCGAAAAUUUUACGUUUCACCAUUUUUCUAUUAGAAAAUUGAGAUUACGAAAUUCAGUCACAAAAAUUUUUGCGCAUCUCAACGAAAAUUCACUGAAAAUGAUUUUAAGCUUCCGAAUUUCUCUGAAAUUUUCAGAUUUUCAGCUGAAAAAUGCUAGAAAUUCGAACGUCUUCCUAGAAUUUUACCUAGAAAACGGAAUUUUAGCUCAAAAAUUUGAAAUUCGAAAGCUUUUCCAACUCACAAAAAAUCCCGAAAAUUUUACGUUUCACCAUUUUUCUAUUGGAAAAUUGAGAUUACGAAAUUCAGUUUUAGAAAAUGUUGCCAAUCUCAACGAAAAUUCACUGAAAAUCUCUGAAAAUCAAUAUUUUCCAGCCAAAAAUCAAUAAUUUUCUGGAAUUUUAGGCUCAAAAGGUGCCAUUCCCGCCAAAAAUAUAAGCAAUUUUCAGCGUGCAUCCAAUUCGACACCUGUGAUUCAUGCACAAAUGCCACCCUAAAACACUUCAAAUGUCAAUGGUGUCAUUCGAAAAAGAAAAACGGCGGACCAUUUUGUACAGACGAAUCGGGUUUGCAUCGAAGACGACAAGAUUGGGUGCAAGGAAAUUGCAAUCUGAAAUCGAAAGGUUUAUAUUGCCCAGCUGCUACUUCGGCUAAUUCGGAUGAUGAAGAAAAUGAGGAGAUUUAUGAGACUGCUCCAAAUACACCACAAAAACAUGUGAUUCCGCUGAAAUAUGGAGGAUUGGAUCGAAUUCCGGGAACUCGACUAUUGGCAAAUGGAACUGGUGAAAAUGGCGCGAGUUUUGCGACUGUAUCAUUUUUGAUUGGAAUUGUGAUUUGUAUUGGUGGAUGGUUGGGAUAUGCUUAUUAUAAUCCUCAUACAACCAGUGGACAAUUAUUGAUUAAGGUAGGCUAUUUUGAUCGAGAAAUUGUGAAUUUUAAGCCGAAAAUGGUGAAAAUCUGAGAUUUUCUAUAGAAAAAUGGUAUUUUGAUUGAAAAAUUGUGGAUUUUCAGUCAAAAUAGGCUGAAAAUCUCAAAAAUUUCCCUUCAAAAAAUAAGAUUUUCAACAGAUUAAUGCUGUUUCGAUCGAAAAUUGUGAAUUUUCAGUCAAAAUAGGCUGAAAAUCUCAAAAAUUCGUUCAAAAAUGACUAUUUUCAAAAUUUAUUGAUAAAAUUGCUUAUUUUUGGCCCCCUCAACAAGAAAUUCCAGGAUUUUUGGUCCCGGAAGCUUAAAAUCUGGUCAAAAUUGCAUAUUUUUAGCCAUGGGACCAUUAAAAUCUAAAAAUUUGACUAUUUUCAAAAUUUCUUAAUAAAAUUGCUCAUUUUUGGCUCUGAAACCUUCUUCAACAAAAAAUCCCAGGAUUUUUGGUCCCGGAAGCUUAAAAUUAGGUAUGGGGAGCUUUUUAGUCUGAAAUUUCAUAAUUUUCCAUUAAAAAUCUGGAAAAUUGCUCAUUUUCACCCCCUGGGACCAUUAAAACUCUGAAAUUUUCGAUUUUCAGCUGAAAAAUGCUAGAAAUUUGAAAUUUUUGCUCAAAAAUCUGAUAAUUUUCAACAAAAAUCCAAACUUGUCUGAAAAAAAAUUAUAAAAGUAACGAAUUUUUGAACAAAAAAAUUGCCACGUGGAUUUUUGGUGCCAAAAUGUUUAAUUUUGAAAUUUUGAACCUAGGAUUUUCAUUCCUCAAAUUCUAUUUCAUAUUUUUCAAAAAACAUUUUUUUUUAAAUUUAAUUUUCAAAUUUCCGAAUGAAAAUUGCUGAAUUUUACCUAGAAAACGGAAUUUUGACUCAAAAAUUUGAAAUUUUGAAGUUUUUCCAACUCACAAAAAAAUCCCGAAAAUUUUACGUUUCACAAUUUUUCUAUCUGAAAAUUGAGAUUACGAAAUUCAGUUUAAAAAAGUUUUGCCAAUCUCAACGGAAAUUCACUGAAAAUGAUUUUAAGCUUCCGAAUUUCUCUGAAAUUUUCAGAUUUUCAACUGAAAAAUGCUAGAAAUUUGAAAUUUUGAAGCUUUUCCAACUCACAAAAAUCUCGAAAGUUUUACGUUUCACCAUUUUUCUAUCUGAAAAUUGAGAUUACAAAAUUCAGUUUGAAAAAUUUUUGCCAAUCUCAACAAAAAUUCACUGAAGAUGAUUUUAAGCUUCCGAAUUUCUCUGAAAUUUUCAGAUUUUCAGCUGAAAAAUGCUAGAAAUUUGAAAUUUUCGAAGCUUUUGCAAGUCACAAAAAAUUUACGUUUUACCAUUUAUCUAUUAGAAAUUUUAUUCAGCCAAAAAUAUUCCUAAAAAUCAAUAAAUUUUUUCCAAAUUACAGUACCGCCCAUCUCGUUGGCAUGUUCCCAACAGUCAUGUUCGAUAUAGUGCCUCAGUUCAUAUGUGA